ACAUGACUAUCUCUCUAUCUCUUUCUCUCCCUCUCAAUUUGAGCUUCCAUGGCCUCCGUUUCUCUCUCAUCGUUCUGCUUAACCCAAAAACCCUCUUCACUAUUCCUCACCUCAACAGAUCGAUCUCUAUUCGCUUCUCACUCUCCCCAAUUCAGGUCAGCAAAGAAAUUUCCAAUUAGGAUUUCUGUUUGUAGGGCUGGUCCUGUUUUCUUUCGCAAUCUCGAUGCUGAUGAUUUUCGCCAUCCUCUUGAUAAGCAGAAUACGAUGCUUUUGAGGGUGAUUCCUGGUCUGGAUGAGCUCGUCAAAUCUCUGUUAGGAACUGUUGCAGAGCAAGUCAUGCUUCUGGAGAAUAUAGGAACAUCUGUUCUUGUUGCUCAAAAUCAGCUCCCUGAGCUCCAUCAAUUAAUGGUUGAAGCUGCGGAAAUACUGAAUGUUGAGGCUCCUAAUCUAUAUGUUCGCCAAAAUCCAGUACCCAAUGCAUACACUUUAGCUAUCAGUGGUAGAAAGCCAUUUGUUGUCGUGCAUACAAGCCUUGUGGAGCUUCUGACUAGAAGGGAGCUACAGGCUGUUUUGGCCCAUGAAUUGGGACAUUUGAAAUGCGAUCAUGGUGUAUGGCUCACUUUUGCAAACAUUCUUACGCUUGGAGCAUAUACCGUUCCUGGUCUCGGUGGCUUACUUGCUCAGCGUUUGGAAGAACAGCUCUUUCGCUGGCUUCGAGCUGCAGAACUAACUUGUGACCGUGCAGCCCUUCUUGUUGCUCAAGAUCCCAAGGUGGUUGUUUCUGUUCUGAUGAAAUUAGCUGGGGGCUGCCCAUCACUCUCUGAUCAACUCAAUGUGGAUGCAUUCUUGGAGCAAGCUCGAUCAUAUGACAAGGCUUCUUCAAGCCCAAUAGGGUGGUAUGUAAGUAAUGCUCAGAAUAGGCAGCUAUCUCAUCCUUUGCCUGUUUUAAGAGCUCGUGAGAUUGAUGAAUGGUCAAGAAGUCAGGAAUACAUAUCCCUUCUAAGACGUGCUACACCAAUCAAGUCUGUAUAGAUCGUGUAAAAUUGGGCAAAUUUAGGUGCUAAAAUUCAUAGCAGCAUGAAUCAGUACAGGACUGAAUACAAUACAGAAGCCAGGCCUUGACAAAAUUCAUUUUUAUUGGUUGGGAAGGCCUUAUUAUCUCCAUCUUAUAAUCGGAUCAUCAUAUAAUCUCUUCUUUGCUUAUCAGCUUAUUUGAACCACCAAGGGAGAUGUCUCAUCGAAGUUUGAAACUCGGAAUAUGUUGUAGUACACCAUUCUCCUUUGUAGGGAUUGUAUAAUCAUGACCUGUGUGUGUUUGCAACAUGUAAAUUGUAAAAAUUGAGUUUGCUGGUGUCAUUUUGUCAUCCGACUAAAGGCUUUCAAGGUA